AUGUACAUAUUCGGUGAACGUCGAAGUCAAGAUCAAAGCGAAGCGAAAAGAAAGGAGAAGAAAGAGGAAAGAGGAAGAAAUAGUAGAGAAGAAGGACAAGGUAAGGCAGCACUGCAUUAUCAAAAUCUCGGCAAUUAUUGUGGUAGAGAAGGAAGCAACAAUAUUUAUCAGUUUGCUUAUUUAUGUUGCGGUGAGAUAUUGUUAUUUGAACAAGCGAAACAGCGAACACCCGUCCAACAACAUCAUCAACAACAACAACAACAACAAAGUUAUUCUUAG